CAGGUCUAAUUAUACUGUCUUGUCUCAGUUAAUUAAGGAGGCUUUUGCUUUCCAGAAAAAAGAAGUGUCUCUGAAUUGAAAAUCCUAAUUGUUCAGGUGACAAUAAAAAAUCACCUUUGAGUCUAUUUAUCAUCACAUCUCUUCUUUACCACUCUCAUAAAGAAACCAAAGAAAAACCAACGCUUGUUCUUUAUAUUGUCCUUCAUUCACUACCAUAAAGUCUCACAACCCCACUACUGUUUUCUAGAAUGUAUUUGAGUCUGCUGGGAAGAGGAGGAGGAGGAGGAGGAAGGUUUAUUUUUCAUCAUAUGAAAAAGAAGAUGAAGCAUUUCUAAUUCGUGAAUUUAUAAUGAUUGCCAUGUUCUUCUACUAUUCUAUGUUCUUCUCAAAAGUGUGCUAAUAUUUUGUGCAGAGUUGAGUAUCUUCUAUAACACUCUAAUCCCUCUCCUUUGUAGUCAAGUUCCAAUUUCUAGUAUUUUUUGCCAAGAAUCCAAGAUUAAGAAUUUGAAGAUCAUGGAGGUUUAUCAUCGUCCUUACAGGCUACUUCUUGAUCCUCAUCCUGUUAUCCCACCUAGUAGUACAGUAAGCAAACCCCACCAUGGUUACUCAAACGAAGCGAAUUUUGACACCAACAUGGUGAUCAUUUUAGCUGCUCUGCUCUGUGCAUUAAUAUGUGCUCUUGGCCUGAAUUCAAUUGUCAAGUGUGCUUUACGUUGCAGCCGGAGAUUUGCUUUCGAGUCAGAAAAUGCGCGUCUAGCUGCUACAGGGCUGAAAAAGAGCACACUGAGGCAACUUCCCCUGUCUGUUUAUGGAUCAGGAGUUAGUAUUCCAGCUACUGACUGUCCCAUUUGCCUUGGGGAAUUUGUGGACGGUGAGAAAGUGAGAGUUUUGCCUAAAUGUCACCAUGGAUUUCAUGUGAAGUGCAUAGAUAUUUGGUUGGCUUUACAUUCUUCAUGUCCAACAUGCCGACAAUCAUUGCUGGAACACAACACAACGACAGCAGCAGGGGAUGUUGAAACUGGAUUGAGGCAACCUCCUACUGCUCCUUCAAUAGCUGCUGCUGAGGAGUUGCGUUGUCAGAUGUCAAUGGUAAGAUGGAGGUCUUGUUACUAUGGCCAGCUAAUCAUGUAGAUCAAAAUUCAAAAGUCCCUUCAUUCCAAAAUUUCAAAUCAUGAUCUUCAACUGCCAGCAACACUGCCACUACUCAUUAAUCAGCAUCAGCACUGCGGAAACUGCUAAUUUGUUCAUAGAAAGCCAAAAGUUUGAAUAUUUCAUUGUGCUUUUUUUUUUUUGUCUCUGUUUGAUUUGAUAAGGCACAGUGAUAUAUUGAUUGUUAUCCAUAAGGAACAAAAGGAAUCAUGAGCAUGUGCUAAAAGAAGAGAAUCUCUCUGCACAUCUUUUCAUCAUAUAGCUAUUUCCUCCCCUUUUAUAGGUCAAAUUGGUCCACAGCAUCUCUUGGGAUAGAAAAAAAUAUCUAGUUAUUUCAAUUUACAAAGCAAGGUAUCAACUGGACAGUUAGGCAACAGACCCUCUCUGCUACCUCCUUUGACGUUUGAUUGGGUUCAUGUAGAAAAGAUUGGUGGCAAAAACUAACAUAGUGCUCAAAGGAAAAAUUUAGAUUGAUGAUUGAGUUGGAAGAAGUCAAUUCUAGAAUUAAAGAUUGGAUCUCCUUUCCACUACUUGCUUCCAAUUGCGAUCAAUGCUGCCUUUGUAUAAAACAAAAAGAAAAACAGUAAGUUCAACGCUAGGAGACACCAUAUGUGCUCAUUCAAAGCAACAACCCAAGUGCCCAAAGUACCACAUCUGUACGAAGGCCAUCACAGUGCAACUUUUGGAGACAUUUCUUGAUACUCUUUUGAUAAUUGGAAGAAGAGCGCUAAUAGUACUACUUUA